GGAAAAUAAAACGACCCUGCCUAACUAAUCACUCUCUUGUUUUUUUCAGACAAGGCAGCGCUACAAGCGGGGACCACUGUGAGGUGUGAAGAUGAAGAUUGCUGUGAUCGGUCAGAGUCUGUUUGGCCAGGAGGUUUAUAAAGAGUUGAGAGAAGAUGGUCAUAUCAUCGUCGGAGUAUUCACCAUCCCUGACAAGGACGGCAAGGCUGACCCACUGGCUACAGAAGCGGAAAAGGAUGGCGUGGCCGUGUUCAAGUUUCCUCGCUGGCGUGUGAAGGGCCAGGCCAUUGCCGAAGUCGUGGCCCAGUACAAAGCCGUUGGAGCCGAACUCAACGUCCUGCCCUUCUGCUCCCAGUUCAUCCCCAUGGAGGUUAUUGACCAUCCCAAACACGGCUCCAUCAUCUACCACCCGUCCCUGCUGCCUCGCCAUCGGGGAGCUUCUGCUAUCAACUGGACCUUGAUCCAUGGUGACAAAAAGGGCGGAUUCACUGUGUUUUGGGCUGAUGAUGGACUUGACACUGGACCGGUCCUGCUGCAGAAGGAGUGUGACGUUGAACCUAAUGACACUGUCAACUCCAUCUACAACAGAUUUCUCUUUCCUGAGGGUGUCAAAGGAACUGUGGAGGCCGUGAGGCUCAUUGCAGAGGGGAGGGCUCCACGGAUCACACAGCCAAAGGAAGGAGCCACAUACGAGUGCAUCCAAAAAAAAGACAAUUCAAAGAUUAACUGGAACCAAUCUGCAGAGGCCAUCCACAACUGGAUCAGAGGAAAUGACAAAGUACCUGGUGCCUGGGCAGAAGUUGAUGGACAGAAAGUGACUUUCUAUGGCUCGUCGCUGGUGGAUAAUGGCACGGCAGCAAAUGGACAACCCCUGGAGAUCCAGGGGGCGUGCCAACCGGGCCUCGUCACCAAAGGGGGCCUUGUGCUGUUUGGUAAUGACGGCAAAGCACUGCUGGUCAAGAAUUUGCAGUUUGAGGAUGGGAAGAUGAUAUCCGCUGCACACUACUUCCGCUCAGAAGACAGCGCCGCGGUGGAGCUAACUGAGGAGGAAAAGAACUUCGCUGAGCAGAUGAAGGCUGUGUGGCAGAGCAUUCUCACCAACGUCAGUCAGAUUGAAGACACCACCGAUUUCUUCAAGUCUGGAGCCGCUUCCAUGGAUGUGGUCAGGCUCGUGGAGGAGGUGAAAAUGCGUGGGAGUGCGUGCCAGCUGCAGAACGAGGACGUCUACAUGAACGCCACCUUCCAAGACUUCAUCCAGAUGUGUGUGAGGAAGCUGCGAGGGGAGGACGAUGAAGACCAAUUGGUCAUCCACUACGUGGAGAAAAACAUCAACAACAUGACUGUUAAAAUGCCUCAUCAGCUGUUUAUCAAUGGAGAGUUUGUGGACGCAGAUGGAGGAAAAACUUACAAGACAAUCAACCCCAGUGAUGGCUCAGCCAUUUGUGAUGUGUCCCUGGCCCAGAUUACAGACGUGGACCAGGCAGUGGCUGCUGCCAAGGAGGCGUUUGAAGAUGGGGAGUGGGGCAGAAUGAACCCAAGAGACCGAGGAAGGCUUAUCUACAAGCUUGCAGAUCUGAUGGAGCAGCACCAGGAAGAGCUGGCCACCAUUGAGUCCAUGGACUCUGGAGCCGUUUACACUCUGGCCCUCAAGACUCACGUCGGCAUGUCCAUCCAGACUUUCCGCUACUUCGCCGGCUGGUGUGAUAAGAUUCAAGGCAGCACCAUCCCCAUCAACCAGGCCAGACCCAAUCGCAACCUUACCUUCACUAAGAAGGAACCCAUCGGGGUGUGUGCAAUCGUGAUUCCUUGGAAUUACCCUCUGAUGAUGCUGGCCUGGAAGACCGCAGCCUGUCUGGCAGCAGGAAACACAGUGGUCCUGAAACCUGCUCAGGUGACUCCACUGACGGCUCUGAAAUUUGCUGAGUUGGCAGCGAAAGCAGGAUUGCCUAAAGGCGUGGUUAACAUUCUUCCAGGAUCAGGCGCUCUGGUGGGUCAGCGUCUGUCUGACCAUCCUGACGUCCGAAAACUGGGGUUCACAGGUUCAACUGAAAUUGGUAAACACAUCAUGAAAAGCUGUGCAGUCAGUAAUGUGAAAAAAGUGUCCCUGGAGCUCGGAGGAAAGUCCCCGCUCAUCAUCUUCAGUGACUGUGACAUCGACAAAGCGGUGCGCAUGGGCAUGAGUUCAGUGUUCUUCAACAAAGGAGAGAACUGUAUAGCAGCUGGCAGACUCUUUGUGGAGGACAAUAUUCAUGAUCAGUUUGUCAAGAAAGUGGUCGAAGAAAUUAAGAAGAUGAAGAUUGGAGAUCCACUGGACCGCUCCACAGACCACGGUCCUCAGAACCACAAAGCCCACUUGGACAAAUUGGUGGAAUAUUGUCAGACUGGCGUCAAAGAGGGUGCCACCCUGGUGUGUGGUGGCAAACAAGUGCAGCGACCAGGCUUCUUCUUUGAGCCCACUGUGUUCACAGACGUGCAAGACCACAUGUACAUCGCCCGAGAGGAGUCGUUUGGCCCCGUCAUGAUCCUUUCCAAGUUCAAGAGCGGUGACGUGGAUGAUGUCCUGCGUCGAGCCAACGCCACAGAGUACGGCCUCGCCUCAGGGGUUUUUACACGCGACAUCAGCAAAGCAUUGUAUGUCAGUGAAAAACUCAAUGCUGGCACAGUCUUUGUCAACACCUACAACAAGACCGAUGUGGCUUCACCCUUCGGGGGCUUCAAACAGUCGGGCUUUGGAAAAGACCUGGGUCAAGAGGCGCUCAACGAAUACCUGAAGACCAAGGCUGUGACCAUCGAGUACUGAUUCCGUCCAGUCUGUUCUAAAUAUGUCCUAUCUGUCCAUAACAUGCCUUGUUGUAUUUCAGGUUUGCCCUAAUAUAGUUUUGCAAUGUCAUCAAUCAGAAGAAGCCUUUUGAAAACAUGAAUUGCAUCUAAAUAUGGCUUACAUUAGGUCAUAAGCAUCUUAAAAUCUGUAACAGAUCUACGCUACCUUGAACCUCGUUAUUCUGCGCAGCUAAUGAAGUUGUUCAUGGUGGUUUUACUUGAAUAACCCUGCUACUGUAGGAAAUAAUUUGUAAGUGCUGUACUGUCAUGGACUGGAUAGACACUGGAAUGUGCUUUCUUCUGACCUCGGCUAUCACUCUGCAUUGAUCUGGAAUAUGUGAUAUCCAACUUGCUACUGUGAAUAAAUACAUCCACCAA